UGACAAAUUUCGACGACAUAAAGUUUACACACAUCUACUGUACAAACUUUUAACCAAGCUUGUGCCGUUGACGAACUUUAAUCGCUCUUGGGUUAGCUUCAUUUUAAACUGAAACACAACAUUGUUCAAUUGAUUUAUUGAUUCAUAUACAAGGACUAUAUUGGCAUGGCGUGGAAGUGCCUUCUCGUCCUGACACUAGCGGUCAGUGCAGGGCAACUGUAUAGGACAUAUGCACAAUCAGCAUCUACAUGUAGCGAUGCCAAAUCUUGUGGGGAGUGCAUAUCACUAGAUCCAUCCUGCGGUUGGUGUACAUUACUAAAUUAUACAGAUGAGACGGGAAACCCACAGUGUGAUGUAGCAAGCAGUUUGAGACUGAAAGGCUGCUCGCAGGUCGUUGACCCAGACAGUACUAAAAUUACCGUUAAGGAUGCACCUUUGAGUAAUGCUGGCAGUGCCCAAGGCCAGGCAGUUCAGGUAAAACCACAAGAAGUCAGUCUCAGACUCAGAAAAGGAAAGCCGGUGGAGUUGACACUUCAGGUCCGGCAAGCCGAGGAUUAUCCAGUGGAUCUUUACUAUGUCAUGGAUCUAUCUAAAUCUAUGGAGGACGAUCUUUCCAAGCUCAGGGACCUUGGUGAUACACUUGCAAGUGAGAUGAAAAACAUCACUAGUAAUUUCAGGCUGGGAUUUGGGUCGUUUGUUGAUAAGACUGUCAUGCCAUAUGUCAGCACAGUACCUGAAAAAUUGAUAGCACCUUGCACUGGUUGCGAGGCUCCUUAUGGAUUCAAGAAUGUCCUUCCAUUGAAUGAAAAUACCGACAGUUUCUCGCAAACUGUAAUGAGGCAGCAAGCUUCGGGUAACCUAGACGCACCUGAGGGAGGCAUGGAUGCUCUUAUGCAAAUCACAGUCUGCGGGCAACAAAUCGGCUGGAGAGAAAAUGCAAGGCAUCUUGUUAUUUACACUACUGAUUCAUCUUUCCAUUAUGCCGGUGAUGGCAAGCUUGGAGGUAUCAUUACACCAAAUGAUGGACGAUGUCAUUUAGAUCCUAUUUCACAGAAUUAUACCAUGUCACAUUAUCUGGACUAUCCAUCCAUCAGUCAUCUAAACGCCAAGAUGAGGGAGAAUAGCGUGAUUCCAAUCUUUGCUGUCGUCCAGCAGGAAUUUGAGGUGUACAAUAAUCUGACGCAAUACAUAGAGGGCGCUACAGCAGGUGUUUUGGCUCAGGAUUCCAACAAUAUUGUACAGCUCGUCAAAGAUAACUACAAUAAAAUCACUUCCAAGGUAGAAGUUGUAGACGAUGCCCCGGACUCAGUGAACAUUGAAUACAUAGCUCAUUGUCCCGGAGGUCAGGUCUUCCCUGGGUCACAGGUCUGCGAGGGGCUCAAACUUGGCGACACAGUCAACUUCACUUUGACCGUCACCUCAACGGGAUGUCCAGCAAACAAAAACCAACAGUUCACAGUUCGACCAAUUGGGUUCAAUGAAGAACUCAAAGUAAAUGUCCAGUUUGAGUGUGACUGUGAAUGUGAACAACAAAAGGUUCCCAAUAGUCCUACAUGCAGUGGAGGCAAUGGGACCUUGGAAUGUGGAAGCUGUAUCUGUAAUACUGGUCACUAUGGGAGAUACUGUGAAUGUAGCAGCGAUGACCCUUCGUUAGAAGACAAUGAUGCACCAUGUAGAUCACCGAAUACUACCAUCGUUUGUUCUGGAAGAGGUUCUUGUGUGUGUGGAAACUGCAUCUGCUUUCCAAGACCAAAACCGACCGAAGUUGUGUCUGGUCCAUUCUGUGAAUGUGAUAACUUCAACUGUGACAGAUACCAAGGAGAGCUGUGUGGAGGUGAAGAUAGAGGGCGCUGUGUGUGUGAUGAAUACCUGCGGAGAAGUCGAUGCCAGUGUAAACCGGGGUACAGCGGAGAUGCCUGCGAGUGUUCUACUCGUACAGAUACCUGUAUGACGCAAGAUACCAUAUGUAAUGGUCAAGGGGUCUGUGUGUGUGGUGAGUGUAGAUGCAAUGCUACGUCAGCCUAUAGGGGACCGCUGUGCCAAGAUUGUCCGACCUGUAGCGGCCAGUGUUCUCGGAAUGAGAAGUGUGUCCAGUGUAAGGCCUUUGGUACAGGACUACCUAAAGAUGAAUGUGAUAUGUGUCCAUUCCCGGUUAUCAUGGUCGAUAACCUUGAGAUUCCCGAUGGAUCAGAGAAGUGUCUAGCAGAAGAUGAAGACGAUUGUUCAAUCAUCUUCACCUAUGAUAAAUUUCCUAAUGGAUCCCUUGUUUUAUAUGUGCAGAGAGAAAAAGUCUGCUUUGUACCAGUGAAUAUUCAUCAUGUUAUCAUUGGUAUUAUUAUCGGUAUCAUCAUCGUUGGACUGGCUCUAUUACUUGUUUGGAGGUUGCUAGUCUUCGUUCAAGACAGGAGAGAAUUUGCAUUAUUUGAAAAAGAAAGGCAGGAUACGCGGUGGGGACAGAAUGAAAAUCCGAUAUACAAGCCAUCGACAUCAACAUUCAAGAACCCUGUCUACCAGAAAUGAGACCAGACCUCAAGUGCCAGUUAUUUUUGUGAAUUAUCUUUCUCUUUAUAUUCUAAAACAUAAAUUCCAUUCAGCAAUAUAAAUUCUGCGGAUUCACAAUACAGUGCGCCAUCUAUCGGUUGGCAGUGGACAGGCCAAUGCUGCGACGACAUCGCAUGCAGGCUAGGCACAGCCAGCGCAUAGUGCUAGUGUAAAGAUACUUCAAAAAUGAAAACCAUAUGACAAGCAGAGGAAGAAUUCACGGAAAACGGUCUACAAAUUUCCCAAAGAAAUCUGCAGCAAAUUUCUCUCCCUCUUCCUAGACCCUGGUAAACAACAUAAUUUAAUGCAAUCCGGUCGAGCCGCGUUGGUCAUCGCAUAAUCACAUGCAUAUGCACUUGCAUGCUCAGCAGAUAUGUAAAUUUGUGAAUUUUAGCGUUUCUGCUACAACUGAAAGGUGGCGCACCAUAUUGUAAAUCCACCGAAUUAAGAGGGUUUUGUAUACAGUGGAGUAAAGCUGUGUCCACAUGAUGAAGUUGACCACCCCACAAAUCCUUGUAGCAUGUGUUCGAGUUUGAAAAGUAUGGUGAAAAUUUUUUAUGAAUAUGUAAGUGCAGCCCUGUUCAUACGUAAAUCAGCAAUUGUGAUAAUACAAGUUUUUUGCUCAAUCGAUUACUUGUACUUUGGCUAAUGUGCAGAGUGCAUUGAAAAUAUAAUAACAUGACUUCCAAGAUCAUUGGGGAUGUUGUUUAAUAUAUUCUCACCUCCGAGUGGAGCAUACAGGCUAUUUUUGUGAACUAAAUGCGUUAAUAUUCUAACAGAGUUUGAUCAUAUCUUUCCGAAAAUGACUGACUAUUUCGUUUAUUAAUUAAUUUGGCUGUUUUAAGUUUAUCCACAAUAUUUGAGAAAAAAAUGAUAUAUAUAUCUUGAUCAGUGUGUGUGUGAUGUCAGCAUUCACUAUAAUGACAUUGUCUAUUAUGUGACAGGGAUAUGAUGUUAGAAGGAAGAGUACCUUUACAGUGCACACAGAAAUGUGUAUAUAUGGGACUACACCUAUUAGAAGCCUCAAGUAAUUUAAAAGUAAAUUCAAUCUUGUUUGUGAUGUUUAGGAGUAAAGUUCCUAGUAUUGACUCAAACAAUUCAUUUUCUGGCGGGCAAUAACUCAAGCUUUUUUUGUAACAUACAAAACGGCUCAUCCCUGGAAUUGAACGUGUGUAUUAUCUUAUCAAUCUGGCAUUGAUUGAUUAUAUAUUUGUUUUAAAGAACAUAAUAUUUUGUUCUGAAUCUACAGAACAAAGUAGGAAUAUUGCCAUAAUGUAAACAGAAUUUUGUAUAAAGUGAAUAAUUUAUGUAUGUUUUUUGUUUUAUAUAUAUGUUGCUAUGUCAGUGUCUUGUCUUUGUGUACCGGUAGGUCUAUAGUGAGUUAGGUUGGUAUUGCAUUCACACAUCUGGAUGUGUAAACACAAAAUUUUACUUACACUUGCAUUGGGUGAUUACAAAAUUGGUGUUGGUGUUGGGUUUAGAAGUACAAUUUAAACGCUGUUUUCACAGGGCAUGCAAACGUUUUACAAAUGUAGCGAAAAUGGAUUUGUAGAAGUUUGUCUCCAACAGCCUCACGGCAAUGUGUUCUCAAAUUAUUCUUGCGCAGUUUGUACGAAUGUCGGGUGUCAGUUUCUGGCAAACUGAAAAGAACUCUCGCAGUUGAUUUUCAAAGCUUCUGAAUCUUCACGUUUUUGCAAGCUUUUGCAGCAGAAAGUGGGAAUGACGGACUUUGCCACUGUUUUCGAACUUUGCAUCCUUCGAAAAUCAUUCACCUGCCGUGUGAAAACGGUCAGUGUGCUUUAGAUUGCAAUUCCUACGCUCCAAAACCUAAUCUGAGUUGACAAAAAGGAUCCAUUCACAUUAUUAAGAGCUCAACACUUGGUGAGAUUCAACCCAGGAUGGGGGGGGGGUGUAUUUCAUCAAAAAAGUUUGUCCGACAAGUUUUCUGAUCUGACAACUCUCCUUGAUUCUGAUUGGCUGAGAAGCACUGAUGAUACUAUGGUAAUUUUUGGAGAAAACGUCUAACAAGUCCUUUCAUGAAAUGCCCCCCCAGCUCUAUUUUUAAGUUUGGUGCUAGGCUGAUGUUUAAAAAUAAAUGACUUAACACCAGCAAGGAAAGGUCAUUACCAAACUUGAAAUCACUCACUUUAGUGCUAAAAUAAUUACAUUUUUCCAUUUUCUUUGUUCACAUGUAUUUCCUGUGCUGGAAAUGCAUAUUGUGACCUGAUUUUGGGGGGCUGUGAAUAAGUAGUUUAAAAGUUUGUUAGAUAUAAUGGUAAAAAAGUUUAAAUAUGCACUUUCUGCCAAAGGUUGUGUGACUCCGAAAGCACUUUGUACGGAUGUUUUUGUUGCGGAAAUGGACCAUAUGAUAUGAAUAUAUACAUCCCAUAUUAUGCAGCACCAAUCAUUAUGCUCAGUUUUGUUAUGUAUGAUAUUACAACUCCUAUUUGUCUGUAUAGAAUCAGCUUGUAUAUACAUAUCGUAGAGAAAAUGGACAACAAAAAAUCUGAAGUUGAUUGCUAUUUUAAGAAAAAUGUAGAAUGGAACUUUUAACUUAUAUGAUUAGUUGUACAGAAUUUUUGACUGUAAAGGAAUAUUACACAUUUAUGUUUAAAAAAAAGUAGUAGAUGGUGGAUUGAAAAAUAUGAACCAAAGCAGUAAAGUAUAGGACCAAAUGCCGAGCAUGGCUUCCCCUUUCGAUAGCAAUCUUUUCUCUUAUAUUUCAGUUCUAGAUCUUAUUUGGAAUGCUGAAUGUUGACAAUUAUUAUUUCUGAUUAUUUGCUUAAUCACAGAUCAUGAAUUUUGCAAUUAAAGAAUGUCAGAUAUUGACUACAUAACAUUGUUGACAAUCUAUUUUUCAGUUUAUCCUUUCAGAAUCUUAAUUGAGUGUGGCACAUUUUACAUAAUGCUAGGGCGCUGCAUUAUAUGUCAAUAAUGCAUCUCAGACACCUUGCAUAGAUCGACCAAGAAAUGUUCCAAUGUUCUUGUUUACUUUGUUUUCUAUACUGUUCAUUGUUCAACAGGGAAGAAUAUUUUAUUUGAAUCAAAGAAUAUA